AUGCGUUUCUUCCUAUCUACCAUUGCUCUUAUGAGCGUGGUCUCCUCUCUAAUUGCUGCUCCGACAGCCAGGGCCCCUGACGCGGGCGAGGAGCUGCCCGAUGGACUCCCUUAUCCAAGCCCGGGUGAACUCAAGGUCAUCGAACAAAACGCCCACGGAACCCUGCCCAACGGUCCCGCUCCACCUGUUAUCAGCAACAGAGGUAUUCUCAACCUGAAGCUGAUCGCGUUCAACGAACUCUUCGAGGUGGCUUUUUUCAGCGAGCUUAUCGCCAAUAUCACCGAGAAUGUGGAGGGAUAUCGCUUCACUGAUGACGACGAUCGUACUGAGACCCUCUCCUGGCUAAAGGUUAUUCUUGCUCAAGAAGAGCUACACGCAAUUCGCGCAAACAACGCCCUGAGCAGCUUCGGCGUGAAGCCCAUCGAGCCCUGCCACUACAAAUUCCCGGUCCAAGACUUCGACUCCGCCAUCGCACUUGCUAUGACCUUCACCGAUGUCGUCCUCGGCACCCUACAAGAUGUCGUCGAGACCUUUGCGAUCGGCAAAGAUGUGGACCUCGCACGGGAGAUCGCCUCCGUCAUCGGUCAAGAAGGCGAGCAACAAGGAUGGUUCCGAGUCAUGCAAGGCAAGGUUCCCAGCGAGUUGCCGUUCCUCACCACCAGCGACAUCAACUUCGCCUUUACUGCGAUCCAGAGCUUCGUCGUGCCCGGCACUUGUCCAAAUAUACUCGAGAUCGGAUUACGCACCUAUGAGACUUUAAACAUCAUCACGCCCCCGGUCGCCCAAAGCAAGAAUCUCACUUUUUCGUUUUCGGAUACCCGUAAUGAAACUUCUCAUCCGCUGUGGAUGACUUAUAUCAAUCAGCAGAAUCUGCCUAUUGUCGAAGCUCUCCGUGUGGUGUCGCGGGAGGGUGACCUAGUCAAGGCGGAGGCUCUCUUCCCAUACGACGAUAACGAGAUGAAUGGGCUCACGAUUGCGACCGUUACCCUUAGCGAGGGACCAUUUGGAGAUGCGAAUGCCGUGGCCAAGUGGACUCUCGCAGGACCUGGUCUGAUCGUUAUUAAUUGA